AUGAUAUUUAUGCUUCCCAUAUUAAGCAUGCUAAACUGGAUAAUACUGAAAAAUGAUCAAACUGUUGCCACAAUUUUCAUAGAUAUGACUCAUUUAAUUGAUAAAAUGCAAGCUCUAAGGGUAACUCUGAAGAAUAUAGCAGUGAAAUCGAAAAUUUCUUCUACUGUUUCAAAGAGCAAAAACAUUGUAAAAGUGGCAUUCAGUGACAAGUUUUUGUUAUAUACAAAUGUGACCAUAUCAGUGAGCUUAUCGGCCUUAGGAGAUUCGAUAGAACAGGCCUAUGAAAGAUAUACAGGACAUGAAAGUGGUUUUAAUGGGAAAAGGACUUUGCAUAUGGCAUUCUCUGGCGCAGCAGUGGGUGUUCUAUGUCAUAAUUGGUACAAAAUUUUAGAUAAGAUGAUUGUAGGAAAAACUGUAGAUAUGGUAAUAAAGAAAUUGAUGUUAGACCAAUUAAUAUUUUCACCUAUUAUGUUAGUAACUUUCUUUGGAAGUAUAGCAUUAUUUGAAGAGAAGCCUUUGGAUAAUUUUAAAGAGGAGGUUAGGCACAAAUUCAUACUGUUGUAUCAGGCAGAGUGGUUGGUAUGGCCACCUGCUCAAGUUAUAAAUUUUUACUUUCUACCAACUAGAUUCAGAGUAUUGUACGACAACACUAUUUCACUAGGGUAUGAUGUUUAUACUUCUCGAGUGAAGAAUAAUAAAUCUUUAAAAACACUACCUAUAGAUUCAAAAACUGUUAUUAAAGCAUCUUGA